UGCGCUAUUUCUCAUGUCAUUACGACGAAGCCAACGAAGCGACGAAGAGCAAUCGAGACAAAUCCGUAGCUAAAUAUUAUGCCAAAAAUGGAUCUUCAUCCUCGUCCGUAAUUUUAAGGUGACUUGAGGCAAAUGAGACUCUUCUAGGACGCUAAAGCCAUGCUCCCAGCAGCGAUGGUGACAUUGAGGUCGUCGUGGGUGGCAGCUACACGACUUAGCCUUGCAGCCACACGAUGCCAUGCAACUCUUGGCACCCAGCAUGUCCAAGUGGCUGGUAUGGGGCCUAAGGAGGACGUGCGGUUCCCCGUGGGCGCCAGGGUGUCCGAGCCAACUCCUGUGCAGGCAACGACAGUGAGCUUUGAGACCGUGUGCAAAAAGGUUGUGGAGGGCACAGAAAUAGGCAUACCGAACAGUGCCGUGAUCAUGGCGUUGCGCAAGUUACUUACUUCACCUCAACAAGAUCCACGUGUGAUGGAGUGCUUUGCUCACAGCAUACUCUGGCGAUCACGACGCAUGGAUCUUGCCAACCUCUGCAUGGUCCUUGGCCUGCAUGCCAAGCAUCAGACACAGAAAGGCAGCGAACUGGAGCAGCGACUGGUAGAUCAACUGCGAACAGUCAUACGAGAGCGACUUUCCGAGGCCAAGUCGAUGAGAGACAUCGUGUGGCUUCUGGAGAUAGUGGAGCACAUGGGUGCUGCAGACCACAAGCGAAGGUUUGUGCUUGAGGUGCAAGAUCGGGCCCUGCAGCUGGUGGGCUCCCUUCCACACUCAGACGUGCGCCUGCUUGUGCGCACCCUUGCACGGCUGAAGUUGCGGCCGACACCCUUGCUGCAAGCAGCUGCUUUCUACCUGUCCAAGGGGCCAAAGGAUGCUUCCGCGAAAGAAAUCGUCAGCCUCUUUCAUGCAUUGCAUUCCCUGAGCUUCCCCGAGCCAUCGGUGCUCCAGCAGCUGUCUGGAGCUUUUGUGGAGCAGCUAGCUGAUGAUACCAAGGUUUCUCUGGUUGCAGCGUGCUUCACGGGUGUGGGCCAGUUGUCUUGGAGGCAUGCUGAGCUCCUUGAGUCAUGCUCCAGCUGGAUGGUGACUCACCGUGCCUCUUGCCGUCCGGCCGACUUCACCGCCUGUCUGCUUACUCUUGCACGGCUGCAGUACAUGCCCGAGUGUUCAGACCAGCUUUUUCCUGUGUUACUCGAGGAGCUCUCGGAAGGCCACUUCACCACCAUGCCAGCUGUCUGGCUUGACAUUGUCUGGUCACUAGCAUCACUUGGCAAAGCUCAGCAGACACACCUUGAUUCCGUUCUCCAGCGCCAUUUUUACACUCCUCUCCUGGAGGACUCAUCUCUUGCUGUGCCCUCACGGCAAAAGCUGCUGAACAUAAUCGCAGUCAACGACUUGGAAUUUGCCGACGGUCCUUCUUUUCCAAAAGAAAUGGUCGAAUCUAUUGUUGAGCAGAACCACAAGGUGCCAGAAGCAGGAGCACUGCAGCGUUCAGUCAGGGAAGCACUGACGCAGUUUGCCCCUCUGGGGAGGUACCUGUCACAGAGUCCAAGCCUACCUUAUGGACUUACUGCAGAUGGAGAAUUGAUCGUGGACAAAAAUGCACAACCUGUUCUGCUUGACUCAAAGCCUCAGCCAGAUCACCAUAGAAUUGCAUUGGUGGUGCUUGACUUUAAGGACUUGACAUUGCACAGCCAAGUGCCAACUGGCAUCAAUGCUCUUCGAAUGCGGCUACUGAAACAUCUCGGCUACAAGGUGUUGCAGGUUCCCUACACGGAGUAUGAUGAAAAAAAACCUGUCCUGCAAAGAGUCAGGUACCUGCACGAGAAGUUACUCCAGUGUGUUGCUAGAUCCUAAGGAUCACUGUACAUAUUAGGCUGCUGCUGUUUGAAAUAAAUGCUAAGACUAGAAACUGCCAUAAA